GGACAAAAACACAAAAAAUUCCCCAACGUGAACUACGAGGCUUCCGAUCAGCUCGACACUCUGCUCCGUCUCUGAUUCUGGCAUACAACUUUCCAUGGCGGCAACCACGACCAAGCCCACCGCUCUUCUCCUUCCUUUCCCUUCUCCUCUUCCAAAACUUCCUCACUUCGCUUCUUCUUCCUUCACUCCAAACUUCGCCGUCAGAUUCUCUCAGUUCAACCUCGUCUACAAGCCUUCCAAUCGCCGAAUCCUUCCUUUAGUCAAGGCCCAAGCCUCUCUCGAUUAUGUGCCUGAUUUCAAAUUUUACAAAGUGGAGGCGAUCCUCAGGCCGUGGAGAAUCCAAAAUGUUUCGUCGGCAUUGCUGAAAAUGGGUAUUCGAGGUGUCACGGUAUCUGAAGUGAAGGGCUUUGGUUCUCAAGGUGGAUCCACAGAGAGGCAUGGUGGGUCUGAAUUCUCUGAAGACAACUUUGUUGCUAAAGUUAAGAUGGAAAUUGUGGUCGUUAAAGAACAGGUUGAAGCUGUCAUAGACAAGAUAAUUGAGGAGGCAAGAACUGGCGAAAUUGGUGAUGGCAAAAUUUUUGUGAUACCAAUCUCAGACGUGAUAAGAGUUCGUACAGGAGAACGUGGAGAAAGAGCGGAGAGGAUGACUGGAGGGCGAUCCGACAUGGCUGUUGAUCGAGUAUGACAAUAAGGAGAAAAUCCUUGCAGAUGAAGAUGUUUAGAGUUUGAAUCAUGUUUCCAUGAUCUUGCCGAUGCCUUCCUCAGUCCUGUGGAGAGGAGAAAUAAAAUAAAUUGUAAGUUAUAAGUCAGGUAAGUCACUGCCUCUUGUAGUCAUAAAAUUGAACCAUAUUCGGCAAUAAUCAAUGCCCAAGUUACUGCACCAUUUCCUAAUGUACCACUGAUUUUAUGUUAAACGCUACUAAAUAAUUUUGUAACUCAAUAAUUUUGUAAC